CACAGUCUCCUCCAUCAGGACAUUUUCAUCAUUUCCAUAAUUCCAUUAUUGCCAUACAAUCAAUCCCUCCCCUCCUCUCUGCAUGCGUCACCAUUAAGACACAACACUCACCCACCGAGCGAGUGAGAGUGGCAAUCCCGUAAUUUUAUCACGGUCCCACACCUAAGUCCAAACAGUAAAACAACAACCGAGCCACCUUUCGUUUGUUUCCGUUGAAACACCACUUCCCCUCUUUUCAACGCCCCAAUAAAACUUUUCUCGAACACAACAAUGUAACACACACCCAAAAUUUUCACAUAUAUUAAUUUCACCAAACUUUAAUUUCAAACAACCUUGUAAUUCUCACACCAAUGUCUGAGUCCACAACCACAUCAAAUUCUCUCACGAGUUUAAAAGUACUGAUUUUAGCAGGAAUUUUCCUCAUCAUCGUAGUGAUAAUCGGUCUUUUAAUUUUCCUAUGCUUUCGAGGGAGAAUCCAAAGCUGCAAGAAACGGAAGCUGCUACCGAAGCACAGCUCCGGAACCACGCCUCUGGUCUCGAAGGAAAUCGCAGUGGUUAAGGAAAUUGAUCUCACGCGCUCGUCUGAACAACAGACGCGGGUUGAGAUUAUUGAAGAUAAUGAUCCGAAGAAGGAGGCGGAGAUUAUGAGGAAAGGUGACAUGUCAUGUGGGGUCCACGUGGCGGUGGAUGUGGAAGGGUGGGGACGGUGGUAUAGUUUGAAGGAAGUAGAACACGCGACGCGUGGAUUUGCGGAGGGAAAUGUGAUUGGGGAAGGUGGGUAUGGGGUGGUGUAUAGAGGAGUUUUGCAAGAUGGAUCUGUCGUGGCGGUAAAGAAUCUUCACAAUAACAAGGGUCAAGCUGAGAAGGAAUUUAAGGUGGAGGUUGAAGCCAUUGGCAAAGUAAAGCACAAGAAUUUGGUUGGUUUAAUAGGAUAUUGUGCAGAAGGUGCUCGAAGGAUGCUUGUUUAUGAAUAUGUUGAGAACGGAAAUUUGGAGCAAUGGUUGCAUGGUAAUGUAGGACCAGUUAGCCCCUUGACAUGGGAUAUUCGAAUGAAGAUUGUAAUUGGAACUGCAAAAGGGCUAACCUAUUUGCAUGAAGGCUUAGAACCAAAAGUUGUGCACCGAGAUAUAAAAUCCAGUAACAUCCUUUUGGACAAAAACUGGAAUGCCAAAGUUUCAGAUUUUGGACUUGCGAAGCUCUUGGGAUCUGAAAAAACCCAUGUAACCACACGCGUAAUGGGGACAUUUGGAUAUGUUUCACCCGAAUAUGCAAGCACGGGUAUGCUUAACGAGCGUAGUGAUGUUUAUAGCUUUGGAGUUCUACUCAUGGAAAUAAUCACAGGAAGAAGCCCUAUUGAUUAUUCAAGACCACCGGGAGAGAUGAAUUUGGUUGAUUGGUUUAAGGGAAUGGUAGCAAGUCGUCGCAGCGAUGAACUCGUCGACCCUUUGAUCGAAAUUCCACCUUCUCCGAGAUCUUUGAAGCGAGUUUUACUAGUUUGCCUACGUUGUAUAGACUUGGAUGUCAUAAAGCGACCGAAGAUGGGUCAAAUUGUUCAUAUGCUUGAGUCAGAUGAUUUUCCUUUUCGUUCUGAGCUACGUACAAUUAGGGACAAAGAUCCUGUGCCGUCUCAAGGAGAUGUUUCCAUCAAAGUUCCAUAUCCACGAAACCACGCGGCACAUGCGGAAAGAUCAAUGCAUAGAUGAUUGGUUAUAAAAUUGGGAAAGAUCAAUGCAUAGAUUUAUAUAAUUGGUCAUGCAACUAAAGUCAUCAAAUUAUUCGUUCUUAUUUUAUGAUUUUGAUUAUGUUGUGAACAAGGCAUGAGCCAUUGUGCAUAUCUUAUACAGUGUAGUUACUUUGUUUAGAUCUUCACACUAUUUGUUGUAUUGCUUUAUUGUGGAAAUUGGGACGAAAGACGAGGCUUGUAAAUAUGUAUCUAUCUAUAUAUCAAUUUUAUUGGUUUGCAUGUUUUGACA